GAAAGAUUGGUGUGACAAUUAGAUACUCAGUAUUAAGGGAAGUACGUAUCUCAGAUUUUUUUGUUGUAAAUUAUUGUAAAACUUCUCUCCCCAAACAUUCACUUCCGUCUUUUCAUCCUCGCCAUUUUGGAUUGACUUGGCUCGGGUUAGUUGGGAACGUUCAAGAGAAGUACUGAUGAUUGUCGGAGUCUAUUGUAACAGUCCAAUUUGCCAUGUAUGCUGUAAAAUAUGCACUAGUAAUCCAUCCCACAUAUUUAGGCUAUUAGCUAGCAAUUCAUGUAACGUAUAUUUUAGAUGGCACAGACAUUCCGCUAGCCAACUAAGCAGCACCACCGGCUUGGCGAGGACGAACAACAACCGCAUCAUUGAGUUUGGAUUCAUUUGUUAGCCAACGAGCUACUGUUACUAGCUAGCAUAUCUCAGCAAACCAUUUGGGCUGCCAGUUUUUGUGUGGUUGGGUACGGAGACAUACCAGUCUGGAAAGAUGUAUCAACUCCCUGUGAACAACCUCACUAGGAUACGAAGAGCAAGGAAACAGGUGAAGGCAGCACUUAGUGACAUUGGACUGGAGUACUGUAAGGAGCAAGCGGAGGACCUCAAAGAAUUUUGCCCAGAUGAGAACUAUGUGAAGAAUACUGUCUGCCUGGAACUUUGUUCAUGGGAUCCGUCAUUCUCAAAAACACAGGAGUACCGGUCAAAACCUUUCUGCUGCACAGAGUGCAACUUCUCUUCCAAGUACUACUCGGGCUACAAGAACCACUUCCGAAAUGUCCACAGGCACAACUUUGAGAACCGCAUCCUGCUCAACUGCCCUUACUGCACCUUCACUGCGAGCAAGAAGACUAUGGAAACGCAUGUCAAGGUCUUCCACAUAUCUAGUGUGGCACGUCAGGGUCUAGGGGGCUACCAGGGGGCUGCUGUGGGGGCAAAUAACAAGGUGGAGAAGGCAAUGUACUAUUGCAAGAAGUGUAACUACCGUGACCCUCUGUACAAUGUUGUGCGAAGGCACAUCUACAGGGAGCACUUCCAGCAUGUGGUCUCACCCUAUGUUGCCAUGGUCUCAGGAACAUCAGUCAAAAAUGGAGCCAAUGCUGUCACCGGCAACAACAUCCUCUGUAAGCGCUGUCAGUUCUCUACCCGUAGCUAUGAGGCCCUAGUGCAGCAUGUCAUUGAAUAUCAUGAGCGCAUUGGCUCUCAGGUGACAACCAUGAUUGGACAUGCUAAUGUUGUGGUGUCCAGACCGCAAAGCUAUGGGAUGGCCCAGAAGGGCUCUGCGAUGACCGGGGGUCGUACCCUGACAUCUGAACAGGUUAGCCAUAUGGUGGGGGUCCAUCUAAAGCAAGGGCCUACUGGACUAAAGAAUAUGACAAGUCAGUCCUCUAUUGCUGGCCAGCGUUUGACCAUUCCUGGCAAUGGUGGUUUGGGAGAAGGUGCUAAUGCUAGUCUUACAUCCCAAACACAGAAGUGGAAAAUGUGCACGGUCUGCAAUGAGCUCUUCCCUGAAAACCUGUACAGUGCUCAUUUUGAGAAGGCACACAAGGCUAAGAAGGUAUGGGCAAUUGCCAAGUAUAUCAUGAAGAUCCACAACUUCACCAGUAAGUGUUUGCUUUGCAACCGAUAUCUGCCCAGUGACACAUUGCUUAACCACAUGCUGAUCCAUGGGCUCACCUGCCCACAGUGUCAUGCCAGCUUCAAUAAUGUGGAGAAAAUGCUAGAUCAUAUGGGGCAGGCUCAUCCAGAUGACUUUGUUGGUCCUCCAGCCGCCUCCCCGCUUACCUUUGACCUCACGAUUGGGCAGGCUAAGAACAAGAUCAUACAGCUUACUGUUAUAACCUAUAACAUGAAGGAACCUGUAGCUGCUCAGGAGCAGUCUAUGGCUUCCCAUGCCCAGAACAGCUUCCACGCUCCAGAGAAGAGUCUGCCUUCAAAGAUGCCAGUGAAUAAGAAUGACAUGCUUGCCAGAAGUCAAGCCACUGUAUCUGGCAGCAAUGAGGUUGGCAAGACCCUAUGCCCACUGUGUUUCACCAUCCUCAAGGGUCCUAUAUCUGAUGCCUUGUCACAGCAUCUGAGGGAACGACACCAAGUGCUUCAGACGAUGCACCCUGUGGAAAAGAAGAUGACGUACAAGUGCAUCCACUGUUUGGGUGUCUACACCAGCAACAUGGUGGCCUCCACGAUCACUCUGCACCUUGUGCAGUGCCGAGCUGUGGGCAGGGCCCAAAAGGGCCCGGGACCAAAGUCUGCCUUGACACUCAACUCUUCUGGUGCAGGGUUCUUAAAGCGUCAGCUACCCACCCAACCCAUGUCUGGCUCCAAGAGGAUGAAGAUGAACAAUGAUGUUGUAUAUUCCCCCAUGAAUAUGGACAAGCCAGGGGAGGCUGUGGAUCUAGUGUUGGACCCCAGGAACUAUGAGCACAAGACUUAUGAAGCACGAAAAACCUUCCUCACAGCCUAUUUCAAUCGUCGCCCCUAUUUAACUUCACAGGAAGAAGAGAAGCUGUCUGCAAGCCUGUGGCUCUGGAAGUCCGACAUUGCCAGUCACUUCGCUAAUCGACGGAGGUCAUGUGAGGGAGACUGUGAGACCAGGAAAUUGAAAGUGCUACUUGGCUUUGACAUGCAGGCACUCAAGGGACUGAAGCAUGACAUGGACUUUGAAGAGAAAACCAAGCUCCCCAUCACCUCAGUGGAGAAGGCCUUUAAGUCUAGGCCGGCACUUAACACAGACCAAAGCAAGCAAUGCGAGACAAUUAACUGUACCCUCAAGGUAAGUACUUACACAGAACCCAUAUCUAUUGACUCGUCUGAUAGUGAGUCAGAACCAGAGGACUGUUCCAUUGAGAAUGGGCAAGUUGACACACCAAAAUCUGUGGAUGUCACAUCUUAAGGGAAAUCAAACCUGCCAGAAGAGAGAUCUCCAAGCAUUGAGGGGCCUAAAAUAGAGGAGAUGGGCACUUAUCAAGAUGGGAGAUCAAAAGCCUGCAUUACCUUCUGUUAGUCUACUACAGACUCUAGGCCUAAAUAAGGUGCCUUGGUUUGGUAACAUGAUCCAUCAAAAUGAGAGCAGCCUAAAAGACCUGCGGUACAGGGGAAGUAUAAGGAGGGUUUGGUGCAGGUAAUCCUUACACUCCGCAGUUCUUCGGUUAUAGGAAAGUCUGGGAAGGUAGGCGAGACUGACAAGACAAAUUAAGACUUCAUAAAGUCAGUGGGAUGCUCAGUUUAAGUAAUGAAAAAUGACUAAUUCAUAAAUUCUGAACUAUACAAGUAUAGAAACAAACUGUUAUAACUUCUGUCUCCAGAUAAAGGUAUGCUGAAAUGGUGCAAAAGAAAAUGUAUGGUGUCUGUAACUAAUAUUGGUGGUAACAUUGUACAUAUUUAGUAGGCCUACAUUACAUUAUGCAUACAUUUAGACUGUCUGUCAGUUUUAAGUGAAAUUCAAAAACGUUCACUUCAUAUAGGCAUAUGAAUUGUCCUCCCAUAUGAUGUAUUGUCAUUUCAAUUUUAGAGAUAGCAGGGUAACAUGUAUACAUACCUAUGUUAACUUUUGUUUAAAUAAAGAAAUUGGUUUAAUAAAGCUUUUUUCAAAGAACCUUCA